AUGACAAAACAUUCCAGCCGCCUGCUGGGCGUCCUGGGUGCAGCGGUCUUCCUGUCAAGCGUCGCUGCCUACUCCUACUCUAGCGACCGCUGCUGGGAGUAUGAAAUUGGAGAUGGGUUUUGCACGCAGCAUAACAACAACGCAGAAUGCGGCUACGACGGCGGUGACUGCUGCGAGUGCACUUGCCAGACUCAAAGCGAUGACGACUAUUACUCUUGGGGGUGCAACAAAGACUACAUGGCCUGCAUCGACCCGGACGCCUCUUGCGUCGACGAUGACGACGUUACCGCUGAAAUGGUGGAGAACUGUGAAUGGGUUGCCGGUAUCGGAGACGGUUACUGCCACGAUGGGAACAACAAAGCAGAGUGCGAUUUCGCUCAAUUUCGUGGACACGACCACACUCCCGAAACACUUUUCAACAGUUUCGUUGGGGUAAGAAUCGACAAGAUCACGCCAUCAGCGUAA